CCAAUCAUUAAUAUUCAUUGCAACUACUAUUAUUGUAAUGUUUGUAUUACACGUACGUAACUUGAUCCAAUGGCCACAUAAUAAAACUGUACUUGUGCCAAUACCAGUUACAAACUAUAGUAUGGAGACUAUGAAGGAACAUCAGAUUGUCAUCAAACGCUAUUUUGAAGCUCGAAAGCAAAAACCCUUUACACGGAUGUAGUGUAUCCAACUGCCGAUUUUCAGGAGACAAUGCGAUUUCGUCGGCAGAUGCCGUAUUGGUACAUAUACAGAAAGGAAUGGUACCCAAAGUUGUCAGAAGUAAUCCACACCAGUUAUGGAUAUUUUGGAUAGACGAGUCUCCAAUGAACAAUUUUUUGGUGGAAAACCCGCCCAGUUACGAGGAGUUGUCUAAUAUUUUCAAUUGGGCUAUGACAUACAGGACGGAAUCUGAUGUGCCGAUUCCAUACGGACGCACUUUACCUUUGUCACAUCCGAAGACUCACUAUUUAAGAUUGGAAAGCAGUGAUCACAAAUUAACAACUAAAAUAUUGGAAGAACUGGUACCUUUCUGGAAGGACAAACGAAGAGAUGUCUUGGCUACUAUUUUGAUUUCCAACUGUAUAGCGGCUAGAAUGCGUUUUUUGAUCAAUCUGAAGAAACAUAUGAAAAUCGACAUUUAUGGACGUUGUGCAGAUGACCCUUACCAAAUAAGCAGGUGCCCAGGACAUUACCACAACGAUUGCGAAAUCUUAUCAAGAUACUUGUUCUACUUAGUAUUAGAAAACUCAAGCUGUCGUCAAUACAUUUCUGAAAAGAGUUUUCAUCACGCCUACGGCAAAGGCGCAAUACCAAUCUUCGUUGGUCCAUUUUUAAAAGAUUGCCAAAAACUAUUGCCUCCAAAUUCUUUUCUACAUAUAGACAAUUUUAAGACACCCGAACAUUUAGCAUCGGAAGUUGUUGCUAUCAGCAAAAACAUUACUAAAUUGCUUUCCUAUCAUACUUGGAGGAAUCAUUUCAAAGUCGUUAACGAACAUGGGUUCUUUGGAACCAUGUCCUCCCAUAUGUGCAGAGUAUGUGAAGCUCUAAAUUAUAACAAGAAGUCGCAAAAAGUUUACGGUGUAUCGGACAUCCGAAGGUUCUUGGAUCCUGAAAUACAGUGCAUUUGAAAAAUAUGAGUUUUAUUUUAUCGUUCCAGUAGCUUCAUCAACAUUAUUAAUCGCCGACAUCAUUUCAGCCUUUAAUCGCCGACUGGCUGAGCCUUCAUGUACGACACUUAUCCCCGUUAGGAAUUUAUAAUUAUCAUUUGCUGGGUACUUAUUAGCCUAAUUCACGAACGCUCACGAUAAUUAUCUGUUCGUAGCUAUCUGUCUUUAUCGCUCUUGCGUAUUGGCGCGACAGAGCCAGACUGAAUUUCUGUUGGCGCCGACGAUUGCCAUUUGGCUACGCCAUAUAUCAUUUGGUACCUUGAGAAAUCAGGAUUAGUUGGAGAGACUUUCAAGCGUCUGGAAAAAGUUCCAGCCUACGGAAAUGGUCAGAUGAUAAUUAUCAAAUUCCUAAUAGUAUUUUCUAACACAUUUAUAAAAGUCCGCCCCGAGAAUUUAAGGAAAGUUAGAAAAAAAACCUUAUACGGCA